UUUGAACGGACUCUUUAGCGCUCCUAGUGGUGACAAGCGAGCAGUGCAGCUGCUGCUCUCUGCUGUUCACCUGCUGGAGGGAGAGACAACAUUCAUCUCGCAGCUGCUGUGCAACAGGAUGCAGAGACAAAGCGCGGCUAGGCACCCAGCAGGACUACGGGUUCAAUAAAAGUGAUGAAGUGCAUCGUCCGAUCCUGUUAAGACAUGGUGUUACCUGAUGAGAAAUCAAGACCAUCCGUUCCCAGCAACAUCCCAGAACGGCGCAGCCUGCGGUACCAGAACCUGCCCUCCCCGGCUCUGUGCUGCGCCUGCGGCCUGUGCAUCAUGCUGGCCGGCAUCAACAUCACCCUGGUCGGAGCUUUCGCCUUCGGCACCUUCAGCUUGGCGGCCAACCCUCCCAUCAUCAUCGGGCCCCUCCUCUUGCUGUUGGCUCUGGCUUUCUUCACGGCCUGCUGCGUGGUCAGUAGGAGACCCUCAUCCCACAUGGCUCGGAAGACCCAGGGAGGGGAGAAGUGGGGGUUGAUGAGGAUGGGGACGGUCGCCUUCGAGAUGGAGAUGAGCGAGCACACCCUGCAGGACACGACGGCCGUCCAGCUCAGCCCCACAAACUCCCUCAGCUCCUCUCACAGGUCCACGUCGAACCAGGGUGACGGCUCGGCUCUGGCCGCCUGUCAGAAUGAGACCAAGGAGCCGCAGAGCUCUGAGAAGAGUGACACGGGUGCUGACGGGGAUAAAACGAGUCUGACCUCUGAAAACAAGGAGAGCACUUCCACUCAGCUGCUGCCUGACCAGAAGACAUCCUCCUCCACAUAACACGAACCGGCUCUGCUUGCUUGGACGACUGUUUAUCCCACCACAGGACGGGAGCAUCUGAUGGACCUCAAGGGUCUUUUUAAUACAAGGAAAAAGUGGAAAAAGAAACUGUUAAAGAUGCAUUAGAUCAGAGAUGCACCAAUCGAGUCCUUCUUGGCCUGUCCCACUAUAUUUGAGCUCUUACUUCAAAAUGUUGACCCAUUCUGAUUCUGGAAGCAAUUUGUUCUGCUUCCUUUGUAACAAUUUUGAAUAUGAAGGGGUGGCAGUGUUUCUGCAUCGAUGCAUUUGUUCCUAACCUUUCUCAGAUUUAUUGACUAAAAAUAGUGGGAGUCAUUAAUUAUGACGCAUUUAUUGAAUCUGUGAAAAACAGUUUUUUAGCCAUUAGCUUUCUGAUCACCAGUAAGAGCAAAUCAACAGAAAACUGACUAAUUUUACAGUCCAUCUGUGGUAAUUUUUUUCAUGUUUUUGUUUUUCUAAUAUGCUGCUGUAUUUUUUUUUUAAUUUAUUUUUGAUCUUUUCUGGUUGUGCCGUUGUGUGUUUCUCUUCAAGGCCACCCUGCUGCACGCUACAACAUGUCAUGCAGCUCCUGUGAUUACUCAAUUGUGUUACAGGAUAUUGUUACGUGUUUAUUGCUGUUCUCCAGGAUAGAGGGUGUCCUUCGUCCAACAGAAAGAGAAGAGAAACUUGCCCUUUGUUCUUCUUUUUUGUGAAAGAAAAAAAAAAAACAACCUAGCACAGACAGAUUAUUUCUUAUUUGUGCCCAAUAGGUUGACUACUGUUGUUGUUGCUGCUCUAGAUGUGAGGAUGGAGGAUAUUGUGCGUCCAGCUGAGCCCCGUUGAGAAAAAAGCUGCUCUGUAAGCCUCACUGACACAUUUCUCAUAAACAUUAUAUAACAACUCGGAGUUUGAUUCUCUCACAGUUCACAUCACUCAUUGCAUAAGGCGGCAGAAACUCAAAAUGUGUAAAAAAAAAAAAAAAACAACCUAACAUUUGUUUCCAUUCUGUAUGUCAUGUGAAACGUAAAUAAAGAGGGCAUCUUCUGUGUCA